GACUCUUUUUUUGUUGCCGCUCGCUGCAUCCGUUUCCUCCCGAGAAGCUUUCUUGCUCGUCUCUCCUGAUUGCUCGUCUUCUUGUCGUCUUCUUGUCGUCUUUUUGUUACUUUUUGCUUCUUCGGGUUGGUUCUUCGCUUUGUUGGCGUUGAUGGCGGCGGGAGGCGGAAGUUGUUUAUUUAGCGGCUUCCGGCUUUUGGGACUUUACUGCAACCACGUGCCGCAUGUGCUACGAUACCACCGCAAACAUCGGGAGUUCUACCUGGUGACGUCAGUAGGGAAAUGUUUGCACACGUACAACGUCAACCGCUUGGGCAUCGUCGCCGUCAGUAACAGCCUGCCGGACGACAUCACUUGCUUGGCGGCCGACAGGAUGUUGGUGUUUGCCGCCGCCGGCUCGCUCGUCUACGCCUUCGCCAGGAACAAAGAGGUGGUGAUGUGUUACCGUGGACACAAACAAGAAGUGCGCUCGCUGCUUCCUUUCGGUGAUCAACUGAUCUCGGCCGACGGCGGCGGGCUCGUCGUUGUGUGGGACGUCCGAGGCGGUGACGCGUACCUACAACUGAACUUGGACCCCGUGACCUUCGACGUGUCGGCAAUGAUGCAUCCCAGCACGUACCUGAAUAAAGUCCUGCUGGGGAGUUCCCAGGGUGCAUUGCAGCUCUGGAACCUAAAGACCAGCAAGUUGUUGUACACGUUUGCGGGCUGGUCAGCGGGCGUCAGCGUGCUGCAGCAGAGCCCGGCGGUGGACGUGGUGGGCGUCGGCACCGCAACGGGCCGCAUCAUCAUUCACAACAUCCGAUUGGACGAGACGCUGAUGACCUUCACGCAGGACUGGGGGCCAAUCACGUCGCUGGCUUUCCGAACAGACGGGCCACCCACGCUGGCGACGGGCAGUCCUCAAGGUCACGUAACCUUGUGGGACCUGGAGCGGCGGCACCCGGCGGCUCAGCUGAGACACGCCCACCAGACGGCGGUGAGCGCCAGCUUCGUGCACGGCGAGCCGCUCCUCGUCACCAACGCCGGCGACAACGCCAUCAAGGUCUGGAUCCUAGACCAGGAAGGGGGCGGAGCUAGGUUGCUGAGAAAUCGGCAGGGUCACAGCGCCCCGCCCGCUACCAUCUGUCACCACGGCAACGACGGGAAAAACAUCCUCAGCGCUGGUCAGGACGGCACACUGCAGUCUUUCUCCAGCGUACACGAACGACUCAACAAGAACCUCGGACAUGGCUCCAUCAAUAAAAAGAAAGAGCAGAAGAAGAAGAAGGGGCUGUCCUAUGAAGAGCUCCGCCUACCUGCAAUCACUGCAUUCGCCUCUGCGGCGGCCCGCCAAGCCGACUGGGACGGUAUCGUGGCGUGUCACCGUGGUCGCCUAGCAACCACCACCUGGAACUACCAGCGCUGCUCAAUGGGGGCACACCACUUGCGACCACCGGGGGGCAGCGGCACUGCUGUCGCCACGGCUGUUGACAUCACUUCCUGUGGAAACUUUACGCUGGUGGGCUCUUCGUGCGGUCGCGUCGACGUUUACAACCUGCAGUCCGGAUUUCAUCGCGGUUGCUAUGGAGACGAGCAGAAAGCCCACAGCGGCACCGUGCGAGGCGUGGCCACCGACACGCUCAAUCAGCUGACGCUCACCGCCGCGUCCGAUUGCCUCCUCAAGUUCUGGCGCUUCAAGAGCCGCAAACAGGAAGACCAGAUCAAGCUAAAUGCGGCGCCGGCUAGCAUGAAGCUACACAGAGACAGCGGCAUGCUAGCAGUUGCUCUGGAUGACUUCACUCUGCUGGUCGUCGACAUUGAAACCAAGCGAGUUGUCCGCAAGUUUGCGGGUCACCACGGCAACACCAACGACAUGACUUUCAGUCCAGACGGUCGCUGGUUGAUCACCGCCGGGAUGGACUGCACCAUUCGCACGUGGGACGUCCCCUCGGGAAACCUGGUGGACUGCUUCCUGGUGUCCAUGGCACCAGUGGGCGUGUCCAUGUCCCCAACUGGCGACUACUUGGCGACGUCGCACGUGGACAGCCUUGGCGUUUACUUGUGGACCAAUAAGAGCCUUUGCGGUCCCGUGGGGCUCCGCCCGCUCCCGGCCGACUACCGGCCAGAGGAGGAGACCCUGCCGGGGGCCGGGCCGCCGGGGGCCGAGCGGGAAGUGACAUCAGAGGAGGAGGAGCCUGCCGAGGCGUACGGCUCGGCGGAGCAGUUGGGGGCGGAGCUCGUGACGCUGUCGCAGCUCCCCGAGUCGAGAUGGAAACAUCUGCUGUGCCUCGACACCAUCAAGAGGAGGAACAAAGCGGUGAUGCCGCCCGUGUCUGGAGCACCCGCGCCCUUCUUCCUGCCCACAGUGCCAGGGCUGAUGCCGCGCUUCUCCGUGCCGCCACAGGAAGCACAGUCAAAGGUGUUGAGCUGCAGUCUACCAUCACAGAGGUCAAAGUUCAGUUGUGCUCUGGAGGCGUGUCUUGUCACGGAGUCAUCAUUCGUCGUUCCCGUGGAGCUGUUGAAGUCUUUCGGUCCGUCUGCCGUCUCAGUCGAGCUUGCCGGUCUGUCGCCUGAGGGGGGCGGAGCCAGCAGCCUCAUGUUUGCCUUCAUUCGCAUGAUUGACAGCAUGCUGGCCAGUGGGCGGGACUUUGAUCUGGCUCACGCUUACCUAUCGCUGUUCCUCAAGCUUCACCUCCAUUCACUGGCGCAGGAUGCCGUUGCCAUGGAAGCGUUGCUCCGCCUCUCCUCACGGCUUGAGGCUGGAUGGGCGGAGCUCCGGGCGUCCUUCACUCAAUCGCUUUGUUUGUUGGCGUACGCCAAGAGUGCACUUUUGUGAAUGCUUACACGUGCAGCCUUUGUACAUGUCAUUGUGCUGCUUUGUUUACAAUAAAAAGCUUGUUUUUGUGACUUGAA